GUUUGCCCAUUAAGUAGGAAAUCGCAAAAGGAAGAACUUUAAGUAGUAGGAGAAGAGAAGUCUGACCCGGAGCAGACAAAACACCCUCUCGCUGACGGGGUACUCGAACCCUAGGAUCGCGGGCAGGAGGGCCCCGCCUCUGGCUUGUGGGGCUGUCCUGUCCCCGCCCCGGGGGCUGUUGUAGCAGGUGCUGCACCCAGCAGGAAGCAGCCGUAGCUGCUACAGUUCAGCCGGCACCCUGGGCUUGUCACAGCGCUGUUUCAGGAGCCAGGACACGCCGCCACUGGAAUCCCUAACUCCACCAGCCAUCACCCUGCUCCCCACAGCCCGCCUGCACUUGAGCUGCUGGGACCCCAGACCGCCAGCCAGCUGAGCAAGUUCGCAGGAAGGUGACCCCGGCCAGCCACGCCGCCCUCUCUGUCAGGGUCUCUUCGAGGCUCCCUGCAGCUUCCUCACCCCCAACCCCACGACGCCUUCAGCGGACUGGCUGGAGGACCACGAGCAAAACAGGGGUGAAGUCCCCAAGUCCCCGUGGGGACUUUUUUCCCUUGCAUUCGCCCCACCCCGUCAGCCACCUUUGUCUGUCCCACUCAGGCUUGGCGGGACCUCUACACUCCGGGAAGAUGAGUGGCACAGAGAAGGAUCCGGAUUUGGGCCAAAGCGGGGACCCGGGCCCUGAGCCCGAGGAGUGCCCCCAGGUCGAGUUUGACUUCUCCAUCCUAUUCGAUUAUGAGUAUAUGAACCCUGUAGAAGAAGAACCGACUCCACAUAAUAUCGUCAGCCCACCCUCUGGAUGUCCUGAUGAUGUCCUGGAUUAUGGCCUCAAGCCAUACACCCCCCCUCCUAGUAACUCUGCAGAUCCCAUGGGCAAAUACGGACAGCCAGAUAGCAUAGGGUCAAAAUGCUACCUAGACCCUGCAAAGCCUGUAGGGCCCUCGGCUUUGAGUCCUAGGAUCGAGAUCACUCCAUCCGAACUGUCGGGUGGGUCCUUCCGCAUCAGAGACACAGAUCUUUUGGUAGAGCAUCAGCCCAACUCCGCUACUGCUAGCCCAAGGUUUACUCUGCCGGUCCCUGGCUUUGAGGGCUACCGGGAUCCGCCUUGCUUGAGCCCCGCUAGUAGCGGCUCGUCGGCAAGUUUCAUUUCAGAGACCAAUUUCUCUCCCUACACAUCACCGUGUGUCUCGCCCAAUAAUGGCCCUAGUGACGACCUUUGUCCACAAUUACAAAACAUCCAUACUCAUUAUUCUCCUAGAACCUCUCCAAUAAUGUCACCACGAACAAGCAUCACAGAGGAAACCUACUUGGGACGACACUCACCCUCGCCCCGUCCCAACUCCAGGUCUUCAUCACCCGGUGCGAAGCGAAGGUACUCUUGUGCUGAGCUCUUCACUACUCAGCUGCCCUCGGCCUCUCCACACCAGUCUAGGACCCCCUCUCCACAAGCCUUGCCCAACGUCUCGCUGAGGGAAGACGGACCUUCAGUCACUUGCACCCAGUUGCCCAACUCCACCAUUCUUAUGGACACCAUGAGCAAUCUCACCACAGAUCCCCCUUGUGGCAUCCCCUCCAAGAUGUGGAAAACCAGCCCUGACCCAUCUCCAGUUCCCUCCCAAAAACCCAGCGUGCCACGGCACUCCAUCUAUCCGAAUGUAGAUUAUCUCGGCUCUUGUGAGCAGGAGGAGAGAAGAAACUCGGCUCCCGAAUCGAUUUUAUUGGUGCCUCCAACUUGGCCAAAGCAACUGGUUCCUGCCAUUCCUAUCUGCAGCAUUCCAGUGACUGCAUCCCUUCCACCUCUUGAGUGGCCUCUUUCUAAUCAGUCAGGGUCAUAUGAACUCCGUAUCGAAGUACAGCCAAAGCCCCAUCAUCGGGCACACUAUGAGACAGAGGGAAGUCGUGGGGCUGUCAAAGCUCCCACAGGAGGUCAUCCUGUGGUCCAGCUUCAUGGUUACAUGGAGAACAAACCCCUGGGCCUUCAGAUCUUCAUUGGGACAGCAGAUGAAAGGAUACUUAAGCCACAUGCUUUCUAUCAAGUCCACCGGAUUACGGGGAAAACAGUCACCACAACUAGCUAUGAGAAAAUUGUGGGCAACACCAAAGUGCUGGAAAUCCCACUGGAACCAAAAAACAACAUGAAAGCAACCAUCGACUGUGCUGGAAUCCUGAAGCUUAGGAAUGCAGAUAUUGAGCUGCGGAAAGGAGAGACAGACAUUGGGAGAAAAAACACAAGGGUUCGCCUAGUUUUCCGUGUGCACAUCCCAGAAUCCAGUGGGAGGAUUGUCUCUCUGCAAGCUGCAUCUAAUCCUAUUGAAUGCUCCCAAAGAUCUGCUCAUGAGCUGCCCAUGGUAGAAAGGCAAGACAUUGAUAGCUGCCUGGUUUAUGGAGGACAACAGAUGAUCCUCACUGGCCAGAAUUUUACAGCAGAAUCUAAAGUUGUAUUUACUGAAAAGACAACAGAUGGGCAACAAAUUUGGGAGAUGGAAGCCACAGUGGAUAAAGAUAAGAGCCAGCCUAGUAUGCUUUUUGUUGAAAUACCUGAGUAUCGAAACAAGCAUAUCCGCACACCUGUGAAGGUGAACUUCUAUGUCAUCAAUGGGAAAAGAAAAAGAAGCCAACCUCAACAUUUUACUUAUCAUCCAGUUCCAUCCAUCAAAACAGAACCCAUUGAUGAAUAUGAUCCUGCCUUAAUCUGCAAUACAGUGCACAGUGCCUUGGGAACAGUGACACAGCCUUACUAUUCACAGCACACAAUGGUCACUGAGUCCCCUUCCUGUCUUGUGGCCACUAUGGCAUCAUGCCAACAGUUCCGCUCAGGUUUAUCUUCUCCCGACUCUCGGUACCAACAACAGAAUUCAACAGCUGUAAUAUACCAGAGGAGCAAGAGCUUGAGCCCCAGUCUCUUGGGCUACCAGCAGCCCACUUUGAUGGCCUCAUCCAUCUCCAUUUCAGAUGCUCACCGAUCAGUGCUCAUGCAUGCUGGCUCUCCAGGCCAGAAUUCAGCUCUGCUCCACCACUCUCCAACCAAUCAGCAGUCUUCUCCAGUGAUUCACUAUUCUCCAACCAAUCAGCAGGUGAGGUGUGGAACCCACCAAGAAUUCCAACACAUCAUGUGCUGUGAAAAUUUUACAUCCAGUGCUGCCCGUCCCAAUCCACCCCAAGUCAGUCAAGCACAGAGAAUAAGUCCAAGUUCCUAUCCUACAGUCAUUCAACAACAGAAUGCUACAACUCAACGAGCUGCUAAAAAUGGACCGCCAGUUAAUGACCAAAAGGAAGUAUUACCAGCAGGAGUGACUAUUAAGCAGGAACAGAACCUGGACCAGGCCUAUUUGGACGAUGAGCUGAUAGAUACACACCUUAGCUGGAUACAAAACAUAAUAUGAAACAGAAUGACUGUGAUCUUUGAUACAAGAAUUCAAAGUUAAAGUUAAUGAAAUUAUCAGGAAGGAAUUUUCUGGAUUUCCUGCCAAAAAUCAGACGUAGAAGAAGUGAUUAGCAAGACAACAUUUAUUGAAUGCUUCCGUAACUGGCCUCUUGGACCCUUCUACUGCCCCUACCUACCACCUUCUGUUUCCUUUACUAUUCAUCUCAAGGCCUGGAUUCAACAUGACGAACAAUGUAUUGGCAUAAAGUUGACUUUCUUGAUUAAGGAGCUCGCCACCUUUUUCUGUAAACAUCAGAAGGGACAGUCUUCCUUUUUUCCCCCCCAAAGAUCAUUUUGUUUGACCUUAAUCAUGUAUCAACCACAUACUGUGUUGCCUGCUGAAAAAAAAAAAGAAUGAAAGGAAUAAUGAAAACACCCUACUGGAACUCUCCGCUGAAGCAAGUGACAUUAGCCGGGACAGAGAGCGGGAGGGAGGAGAAGGGAAAAUGGAGAAAGCAUGCACUUUGAUGAAAAAUUAAACCCCAGCACUUCCAUUCAUUUUUCUAGGGCAGAGCUCCUGUGCCUUUUGAAGGAAAGGAGUGCUGAGAACACCCAACCCAAAGGAAAAUGAUUAAAGUUUCCAGCACCACAGCCUGAAGAUCUCAAAGCACUGGGGGAAAAUGGAGAAGACGGAACUUGACUAUUCUUUCAUAGGAUUGUUCUAUUCCCUCCUGUCAUUGGGGCCUAUCCAAAGUUUAUUUUUCAUUUUCUCAUUCUGGAGUGAAAUUGUCUGGCCACUAUGACAUAUAUUGUCCAAUCCAAAUUUAUCCUAUCCAAAGUUUAUUUUUCAUUUUCUCAUUCUGGAAUGAAAUUGUCUGGCCACUAUGAUAUGAUAUAUCCUAUUGGAUAUUCUUGGUUUCAACGCGUGCUGUUUGUAAAUGUUCAUAACUUUUUUUUCUUUUGCUUCUCAAGCCAACAAGAAGUUAGAGAUUGAAUUUCCUUGGCUGCCUGAUCAAUAAUCCAUGCAUGAAGUCUGGUGCUAACAUGUAGUUUUAAUAUACAGGAGAAUGUUAACUAAAAUAAGUAGGAUACAUAUAAUAUUUCUCUCUCACCUUCAGUUUUACAUCUUAUUGGCUUUCAAGUGCUUGCUCUUCAGUUAUCAGUGAGAUUGCUUUUCCACAAAGUAGCAAAAAUCUCAAGCAUGUGCAAUGAAUAUAAAUUUCUAUGGAAGGCAUAAGAGAACGGGUCAAUGGCAUGGGAAAAAAAACAGGAAAUAGGCAUUUGAUAAUUAAGACGAUGUUAAGUAAGACAAUCAAUAUCCUUAAGUGCUUUUAUAGAUUUUAUUUUUGUUUUUGCUUUUUCCAGAGGUUUUCUGUGAAGUAUGAAAUAAUUGAGUUUCCUAAAUUACAAGACAGAGUUGACAGUGCCACAUGACUAAAUGCACAGUCAGGGAGGGGUGACUCUUGUCAUAAGGGAGAGUCUGUUCUUAAGGAGGAAAUUUGAUGGGUUUGUGUACUGAUUCUCCAUACACAGAAGGAAAUCUUUCCCCAGCAGAAAGAUCAGAGUAUCCAGAAACAAAAUCAUUUCUCAGUACAUCAGUUUUCUCUAACUUCUAAGUCUUUGGUGUUGGGUAAUGUAUUCAUGGUCCUAAGAAAUCCAAAUUGCAUUUCAGUUUGGUAUAAACUCUAGAAAUUUGGUACAAACUCUAGAAAUUAAUCCCCCUUCUUUAUGAUACUUCAAUAACAAACAAAUGAACUGGCAUAUUUAUGUAGAAAAGCCAAAGCCUUGGCCCUAGAGAGUUUGAUAUAUAUUCUGAUUUCAUUCUUUCAAGUGAAUCUACAACAAAUAAAUUUAGAGAAUGCUCAGUUCAGAAGAGCAAUCAGCCAAUGGAGGCAACAAUGGAGUGUGGAAGGAAUACUCAUGAGAGUGGAAGCCAGGACUAGAGUCCCUGCUUAUCCAUUAACUUGUGUGACCUUGGGCAAGUCAACACCUCCUCCCUUUCUGAGCCUUGGUUUCCUCAUCUGUAAAAUGAGAUAGUUAGAAUAGAUGAUUUCAUGUUAAAAGGUUAAGAUUCUAACAAUAUAAGCAAUUUUAAAAGUCCUAGACUUCUGUUCAUAUCAAGUUUACAGGAGUUUGGAUGUGAACUCAAUUUAAGCUAUUCUUCAGCUGAAAUCCCAGCUUUAAAGAAAUAUCUAUUUACUGCUUAAUAGGGGAAAUCUCCUAGUGGGGGAAAACACAGUUAAAUUAAAAUUCUUUGGCUUGAAUUUUCUUUGCAAUGUAAGAUAAUAAAAAAAUUAUUUACUGAGACUGAAUGUACAGUAACAAUGGUGCUAUGUAAAUUGCAUCACCAGAUCAUGCAGUUUUUAUACGAAUUAAUCAGAGCCCACAUAAUAAGUGUUAGACAGACUCUAUUUUUCAUGAAGUACUUCUUGUUGCAUCUAAGAAGGACAUGAAAAUUGUGCUUGUAAUGCUGACACAGUCAAUCAGCUCUUUUCAGAGGUAAGAUCAACACUGUCAUGAUGCUAAACCAAAUUAUCAGAGGGAAAUCAACCAUCUGGCAUGAGGUGGCUUCCAAUGGUGCUUCCAACUGAGAUUCUUGAAUAUAUGAACUCUGAUAUACUCUUCAAAGUUGAUCUGGCAGUUGACUUCUAGUUUGCCAUGGUAGAGACCCAAGGAGAGCUUAAUGGUGAUAGAGAAUCAUAGAGACUCAACUUCACCAUUGCAUGAUAUUUCCAUUUGCACAAUCCAAAGUUAAUCUCUUGAGUUUCUGAGAACAGCUCUUGAUGAGAUUUAUUCCCCUUUCACAUAUUAGAAAUGAAUGACAUCUCUAUUCAGAUCUCUUACCAGAGGGGUCAAUUCACACCAUUCUUUAGAGUCAGCCUUAACCUAAUGUAAAGUUUUGCUUAUAUGUAACCAUACAAUAAAUAUUUAUAUUUUUCUCCCAGCAACAGUGGGGAUCCCAAGAUGAAUACAUAGUUUCCUUUUUCUUUUAAACCAAAUAAAAGCAUUAAGAAAAAUAUCAAUGUUAAAGUGCUUCCAGUUAUAUUAAAUUAUUCAUGUUUUUGCCACUCAGUGUUUCUCACGAUAACAUUAAUACCCAAAGAAAUCUCUCUGUAGAAAUAAGAGGUUCAUCUUGGAAUAGUUAAUAGCAUUUGGUGAGUAAUCUCAUCUCACUUUAUCUGGACAAUAGCCACAUUUGCACAGGAGGGAAUUCUCUCUUUCCUCAGUUAUCUAAAUGUUUUACCAAAGUGCCUUCCUGUCAUUGUAGCAAAGUCUCUCAACUUCAUUGUCCACAGGGCGAACAAAACUAAUGCAUUUUCCAUCAAUCUUGUACCAUGUUCACAAAACAGAACUUUGGACUAACCAAAGAUUCUUGUCUAUCUUUCUUUUUCUCUUUUUAAAAAAGUUAUGUCUUCUUUUCUCCAACAUAAACUUAGCCACAGAUUGCAGGGUGGGCUUCCAUAAACAAUUGUACCAAAUACUUAACUACAGGAAACAAAACCAUCAGGCAGAGGAAAAAAAGUGGAAUAGGAGCUGACAGUUAUCAGGAAAGUAGUGUCAGAUACAAAUGAUAGGAAGAAAGUUUGCCAAGAGAGUAAUUGUUCAUGAAAUAUUUUCAGUACGGAAAGAAGCAGUAUAACUUCUCAGAAUGGACAGGACUAUAGGACCUGAAGAGCAGGAAUGGGAGGGGUCUAUUGCAUGUGGAUAGAAAGAAAGUAGUCAAGUCAAGGUUUGCACUUGCUUUAUCAGACUUUGUAAAUAUGUAAUCACUUCCAUUCUUCUGAUACAAAUGUACCAUUUUUCUGAAUGUAGGAUAUUUCCAAAGAUAGCACUAUUAUUCUGUAUUGUAUAAAAAUGCUGCUGCUUAAUAAUAUAUCUAAGACAGUUCUCAAAAUUAGCCAGCAUGUUAUUAAAAUUUUAUUUUGUUAUCUGUAUUUUUUUAAAGUUCCUGUGCCUUUAUCCACCCCUUUCCUCCAAUAUUACACCCCUUUUGGGUUAGAAAUAUUUAUAAAUGUUGGGAGAUUUAUUGAGUGUCUUAUUUUUUCUACAUAAUUGUUGGUGAAUUUUUUCCUAUGAGAAAUAAUUUUGAUUAUUGGAUAAAUAUUCCAAAUAUUCAGAACCUGAUUUUUCAGUCACCACCCCUCUCUCUUCUGGAAGAGAGCAUUUUCACAGAAAAUAGGAGAAUAGCAACUAUUUCGUUCUUACAAGUGACAGUAAAUUCAGCCUGGGAUUAGGAUGUCAUCAUGAUCUCAGCUGUUUGGAGUUUUGCUUCCAGUUCUCAGGAAGAUAUGUCAAUACUAGGAUGAAUAUUUUGUGCUCUUUGGUGAUAGAGAAAAUUAUAUUUACAAAGUGUCUACAUUUUGGGGAUAUAGACUUAAUGCUUCCAUUUUCACAACGGAUUUCAGAAAGAAUUAAAAAUGACUUAACUGGAAUAAAACAAGGGAUUGGCUGAGCAUGAGCUGCUGGUGUGGACAAUUAAAAGAGGCCAUGAGGAUGUCCAAAGCCUUCCUAGUGUAAAUAUAACUUAGAAGGACUAUUUGUGUUAGUCCUCUGUAAGGGACAGGGGAUAAUUUAUAUUGAUCUCAGAGAUCUGUUUGUCUUGAGACUGAAGCACUGGGAAGUUCAGGAACUAUUGAGUCCUAGCAUUAAUAAUACUUACUCUACUUUGUAGGCCUGGGGUGAGGCUGAAUUUAUCUUUAUUUCAAAUUGAAAAACAGUUUAUAAGUGCUUAUAAGGUCCUCUUAAAAUUCCUAUAUUCAAUCUAAAUUUUUAAGGGGUGUCCUGUAACUUCCUUGAGUUGACAAACCUCCCUGAUACUGAAAGAUUCUGGUCUGUGGCCCUCUUUAGCAAGGAGAAAAAGGCAGAAUUUCAAGGUCAAGUGCCACAGAUCCAAAUUAAUCAGCAUUCACAGAAUAUUUUCACCUGCAAAUGGUUUAAAACAUAGAUUGUUAAUAUUCUAUGAUCCCAGUUUUAGCAGUGAAUCCAAAAAGCUAUUUUUCUCUUCUAUAUCAUGGGAGAUCUAAGGUUAUUAUAGAUGUCAGACUCUACUUAUGCGGCAGUGUAAACUCUGCUGUCAGACUCUACUUAUGCGGCAGUGUAAACUCUGCUUGUGUAUUUCCCCAGCCAAUUGUGCCUAACCAACCUUACAGAAAAUGAAAAAACAAAGCUGCAGGCUGAUUGUGGAAGCAGGUCCAAGAGGCUAUUGAGAUACUUCUGAGGACAUCGGAGGUUUCCCCAGAACUUGAUCAUCCUCUUCCUUUCUUGGCCAGACAAGGCAACAACUGGAAAAAUCCAAUCCAGCUGUUUAAGUGGUUUUCACUUGACCAGAAUGAGCUUGUUUACAUAUCAGGACUGGCCACCAUGGAUGGUAUAUAUUGAUAUAUCUGUGUUCACCAGCUACAGUUCUGAAUUUGACUAUCAGAGCUAUUGUCCAAGGGGGUUUCUUAUUCUGUGGUCCACAUAACAGUCUUCUCCUACCACAAUUUUACUCAUGGGUAAAACAUUCUCAGUUUGGACCUGCCAAAUAACAGCCUCUGUAGAUUCAUUUAAUACUGGUCUUCUAAAAGUUCUCGAGCACUGCCUUUUUGAAGUACUAAGGAAAGACUAAGGUUUGGAAAAUGCUAACUUUUCAAAGGGGUUCCAAUCUGCCACAUUCCUAUGCAAAAUAUUUUUUAAUCUCCAAUAUAAUGUAGUUUAUUUUUGCUAUCUGUAAAAUAUUUUUAUAUAGCUUGUAUUGUGAUAGUUUGGCAAUAAAACAAAAGAUAACUGCUA